AUGCUCAAGCUCACCCUAGCUCUAAAUCUCAUCCUCGCCACUGCGUACCUCUUCCCGCACGUCUCAGCAGCCUCGCGUAUUCGGCCGUCUGCUGGGUCGGUGAUCGUUCGGGCGGGUACAACAACUUCAGGAGAGUUCCAGACCGUCUCUGGCGCUGUGAAAUCUCUCCCGAAUGAUAAUUCCCCGACAACUAUCUUCAUAUAUCCUGGAACGUACGCGGAGCAAGUUGUUAUAACCCGACCUGGUCCGCUCACGAUCUUCGGCUACACAAAAAACACAAAAUCCUACAAAUCCAACACCGUAACCAUCCAAUACGGCUUAUCCGCCAAUACAUCAGGAUCAGACGACGCAAGCGCAACACUUCGCAUCACCAAAGCCAAUUUCACAAUGUACAACGUCAUCGUAUCAAACACGUUCGGGCGGGGCUCUCAGGCACUCGCGCUAAGCCAAUCUGGAGAUCGCGCUGGAUUUUAUGCGUGUUCCUUUUUUGGGUUUCAAGAUACGCUGCGCGCGGAGAGGGGACGGCAGGUUUAUUUGGGUGGGUAUAUUGAGGGAGCGGUGGAUUUUAUCUUUGGGAGGCAAGGAAAAGCAUAUUUUGAAAAUAAUAUGAUUGCGGUGUCGUCUGCUGGGUUCAUCACUGCAAGCGGUCGAAGUUCCGAUGACGAUACGAGCUUCGUCUUUAACAAAAACAACAUUUCCCUGACGUCCACAGCCGAUUCGGGAACGGCAGGGAAUGUGUUUCUUGGUAGACCAUGGAGAAACUACGCAAAAGUCAUCUUCAAAAACACAAUCAUCACCUCCCCACUCAACCCCUCCGUAUGGUCAAUCUGGGCCCCGAACCAGCCAAACACAGAUAACAUCUUCUUCGCAGACUUUAACAGCACGGGAAGCGGCAUUCAGGGCGCUCAACGGGCUUUGUUUUCUACGCUUCUGAGCGCAGGGCAAGCUGGGGCUUAUUCGAUAUCGAGCGCUGUUGGCAGUGAUUAUGCGACGUGGGUUGAUACUUCGUACCUUAGUUAA